UGUUUUAGGGCAAUUACCAAGCUUUCCCUUGUGCUAUGUAGCUUCUUACCCUGCUCCUCGGCCCUCGCCAUUCGUCUUCGGAGAUAUCGCCCUGUCGGCUCCGUGAUGGCAGCUACCCUCAGUUUUAACGGGCAUGGUACAAGGCGGAGCAACUUUUGGCUCACCUGUCCCCGGCAUGCUCUCUUGCUCCGGACUCCCAGAUCGCGACGUGUAUCCGAAUGAUCGGAUCAGGAUAAAGGAGAGGUAGCGACUGAGCAGCAGGCAGCGAGUAGGUUGGUAGGUAUCCGUGCACGUCUCACCAAUAUACCGCAAGCCGGGGAAACCGACCCCGACGCGCGCGAUGGGGAGGAGCGGCGAGUCGGCGGGGGCGAGGCGGCAGUUCGGGAGCAUGGACGAGUUCUGGGGCUUCUACCUGAGCCAGCACUCCAAGCCGGGGACGCGGCGGUGGCACUUCCUCGGCACCCUGGCCUCGCUCGCCUGCGCGGCGCUCGCGGCCGCCACGGGCCGCGCCGCGCCCCUCCUCGCGGCGCCCGUGCUCGGGUACGGCAUGGCGUGGUACAGCCACUUCUUCGUGGAGGGCAACCGCCCCGCCACGUUCGGCCACCCCGUGUGGUCCUUUCUCUGCGAUUACCGCAUGUUCGGGCUGAUCCUCACCGACCGGAUCGACGCCGAGCUCGUCCGGCUCCGCAUCCAGCCUCCGCCCGACGACCCGGCGACCCCUUCGCACCAGGACUGAUCCGCCUUAACCUCGGUGCUCGUCUGUCUUCCCUACCUACGCGUAGCAUGUUCGAAGUGAAGGCCUAAAUGAAUCGUACCAGCGAGCAGUCUGUCUGUGCCUGCUUCAUGGUAAUAUCGGUAGUUCGGUACCAAUAAUCACACAAGUUGUAUCUCUAGAUACAGAUGAUCAGAUAUGACAUGCUCAUGAUUUUCCGUGA